AUGGAAAAAUCCAAAAAUUUCCGCAUCGAUGCGCUGCUGGCCGUGGACCCCCCGCGAUCGGCCUCGGCGCAGACCGCGCCGCUGGCCCUGGUCACGUCGCUCGCGGCCGCCGCGGCCGGCCCAGGAGGCGGCGGCGGCAGCGGGGCGAGCGGCGGCGGGGCGAGCGGCGGCUGCAGCCCCGCGUCCUCGGAGCCUCCCGCGGCGCCCGCCGACCGUCUGCACGCCGAGAGCCCCUCGCCGCCGCGCCUGCUGGCCGCGCACUGCGCGCUGCUGCCCAAGCCCGGCUUCCUGGGCGCGGGCGGCGCGGGCGGAGGCGCGGGCGGCGCGGGCGGCGGACCCGGGGGGCCCCACCACCACGCGCACCCUGGCGCCGCCGCGGCCGCGGCAGCUGCCGCCGCUGCCGCCGCCGCCGCGGGGGGCCUGGCGCUGGGGCUGCACCCCGCGGGCGCGCAGGGCGGCGCGGGGCUCCCCGCGCAGGCGGCGCUCUACGGCCACCCGGUCUACGGCUACUCGGCGGCGGCGGCGGCGGCCGCGCUGGCCGGCCAGCACCCGGCGCUCUCCUACUCCUACCCGCAGGUGCAGGGCGCGCACGCUGCGCACCCCGCCGACCCCAUCAAGCUGGGCGCCGGCACCUUCCAGCUGGACCAGUGGCUGCGUGCGUCCACCGCGGGCAUGAUCCUGCCCAAGAUGCCCGACUUUAACUCCCAGGCACAGUCCAGCCUGCUGGGGAAGUGCCGCAGGCCGCGCACAGCCUUCACGAGCCAGCAGUUGCUCGAGCUGGAGCACCAGUUCAAGCUCAACAAGUACCUGUCGCGGCCCAAGCGAUUCGAGGUGGCCACGUCGCUGAUGCUCACGGAGACCCAGGUGAAGAUCUGGUUCCAGAACCGGCGCAUGAAGUGGAAACGCAGCAAAAAGGCCAAGGAGCAGGCUGCGCAGGAGGCCGAGAAGCAGAAGGGGGGCGGGGGCACCAGCAAAGGUGGCGCAGAGGACAAGGGCGAGGAGGAGCUGCUGGGGCCGCCGGUGGUCGGGGACAAAGGCAGCACCCGCCGCCUGCGGGACUUGAGGGACAGUGACCCGGAGGACGACGAGGACGACGAGGACGAGGACCACUUCCCCUACAGCAACGGCGCCAGCACGCAUGCCGUCUCCGACUGCUCCUCCGAGGCCGACUCGCCACCUCCGCGGCCCGGGGGCCCCGGGCACCAGCCCCUGCCCCAGUAGGAGCCCCGUGCCCCAGGCAGCCGGCAGCCGGGCCAGCCUGUCCAGGUCCAGCCCCGCAGGCCUGGGAGCCAGGCCACCAGCCGUCCCUCUGGGGCUGCCCGUUUGGGCUGCUCUUCAAGGG